AUGGCUGCGGCGGGGGGCGCGGUGAGCCGCAGGGGCCCCGGGCGGCCCUGCCCCUUCUCCAUCGAGCACAUCCUUUCCAACCUGCCCGAGCGGAGCCCCCCGGCACGGGCCGCCCGCACCCCGCAGCCCGCCGGCCACCAGAGCCCCGCGGAAUCCGGAGAGCCCGGGGCGCCCGAGGCCGCGCCUUGCGCCUGCUGCUGCUGCUGCGGACCCCGCGCCGCGCCCCGCGGGCCCCCGGAGCCGGCCUCCGGGCUGGGUGAGUGGGAGCAGGGCGCGGGCCCCGCGGCGCCCUUGCCCUUGGCUGCGCCCACGGGAGGCCCGGGGGCGCUGCCCGGCACGGGCGGUCCCGGCCCGCAGCGGCGCACGCGGCGCCACCGCACCAUUUUCAGCGAGGAGCAGCUGCAGGCGCUGGAGGCGCUCUUCAUGCAGAAUCAGUACCCCGACGUGGGCACGCGCGAGCGCCUGGCCGGCCGCAUCCGCCUGCGCGAGGAACGCGUGGAGGUCUGGUUCAAGAACCGCCGGGCCAAGUGGCGACAUCAGAAGCGCGCGUCAGCGACCUCGAGGCUCCUCCCCGGAACCAAGAAGCCCGCAAAGGAGAGCUGCUGAUGGCUCUGGGAGCUACUCCCGGGCUUGGCCGGGUCCUUUGGGGCCGGCUCAGGGAGGGGACAGAUCGACCCGAAAUGGUGCUGACAGAGGACACCUCUUCCCGCCUGCAGGCUUCCUGCAUCCUGCAGCUAGUGCUCAAGGCAGGAGCUUCUCUGCCAGACAGCAGAGAAGCUCCCGUGCCCACCCCCUGUGCCACCUGCCCCAGGAAAGGAGGGAACGCUGAGCAUCUCCAGGUGCUCUCCUUUCCAGCGACUAGGGUCGGGGAGAUUCCCCGGGAGCUGCAGCGGGGUGGGGGUGGGGGGUUGUUGGUUGCUGGGAGCAGGGCACAGAGCAGAUAAGCUUCCUCAACUCCCCACCAACUCCAGGACAGGAACCAUCCCCUUGUCAGGAGGGCCCAGAAUCCUCCUCUCCCUCCUGGGGUAUGCUGAUGUCCCGCCUCUUCUCAGCAUGGACAUAGGUCUCUUGACAUGGCCAAGGGGGUGAAGGGGGUGUUCUGUGCAUUCUGGGGUUGUCAGCUCGCAUGUCCUGCACUGGGCCUUCCUGUCCAGAGCUAUAGGAUAAGGACAUUGGAUGAGGUCAUCUCCAGAAGCCCCCUACCCUGCCCCUUAAUUCUGUGAGCCUUGCCUGGAUACUGGGAAAUAAACAAGCAACUACAAACGGCA